UGGCACCAUCUUCAAGUAAAAUGCGUUCACUGAGGUGUGAAGAACGGGUCCGCGUUCCACUAGUCACCAGUAGUGUUAACUCCUCCUCCACAAAUCAGUGGUUUGCGAGGGCUCGCUCUACUUGUACGUUUUAGCGUCUUUUUCACAUAGAUAGUUGCGAAAAACAACAGCAGUUAUGUUUACCCUCUCUGAGUUUAUGGUAAUUUUAGCUAUGUUGUCCGCAACAGCGUCAGGUUAUUUUGUAAGCAUAGACGCUCAUGCAGAAGAAUGUUUAUUUGAACGAGUCAACUCUGGUACCAAGAUGGGCCUCAUGUUUGAGGUGGCCGAAGGCGGUUUCCUUGACAUCGAUGUGGAGAUCACGGGUCCAGAUGGGAAGCAGAUUUAUAAAGGAGACAGAGAAUCCAGUGGAAAGUACUCUGUGGCUGCCCAUAUGGAUGGCACAUACAAGUUCUGCUUUAGCAAUAAGAUGUCCACCAUGACGCCCAAGAUCGUCAUGUUUACCAUUGACAUCGGAGAGGCCCCCAAGGGAGACGGCAUGGAGACGGAAGGUGGUGGAGACACCUGGGACGCCCACCAGAACAAGCUGGAGGAGAUGAUUAAUGAGCUAGCAGUUGCCAUGACGGCAGUAAAACACGAACAGGAAUACAUGGAGGUCCGAGAGAGAAUACACAGAGCAAUUAAUGACAACACAAACAGCCGAGUGGUGCUUUGGUCCUUCUUUGAAGCGCUUGUGUUGGUAGCCAUGACCCUGGGACAGAUCUACUACCUGAAGAGAUUUUUCGAGGUGCGGAGAGUUGUGUAAAACAUGCUUUUUUUCCAACUCCAAAGUGAGUCAUCAUUCACUUGAACCAUUAGCAGCACCAUACUACAAAGUUGGAAAUCAAACAACUUCUGAAAAGCCUUUUCCUUAUCCAAUCUCAUGUCUGUUUUCCUCUUCUCGCACUUCAGGCCAUGGUACAAUGUAUGUUUUUCCAAUCGAGGAGAACUGUCUUUGCAUUGACUCCUCAGACUUUGAUAUCAAUAGCACUGAAGAGGGUAUUAUACAUUUUUGAUCAAGAAGAGUAUUUAUGCAUUCAAACCCACUGCCCUAAAACUAUGCCAGGAGGAGGUUUUGUAGUAAGUUGUGCACACAUUAAAUACAACACUGGGCUUGGAAUGAUAAUUGUUAGACAACUGUUCAGCUUGCUCUAGAUGUUUUUUGGGGAGUAUAUUUUCUUGUACAAAUAACUUUUGUUUUAACACCUACCGUGCCAAUCAGUCACAGUAUGCACAAUGCAUAUUUAAUGGAAAAAGUAAUGGCAUAUAAUCGUACUGUAUGUAUUUAAGACUGUUACAUUUUGGGGUAAGAUGCAGAAUAAGAAAAGCCUUGGUGUGAGAUCUGAGCUAUUGUUGCCAGUUUGAAGUAGUUGCUUGAGCAUUUAUUGUUCUAGUAUUGUACUUUAUCAAAUGAGGACAAUUUUGUACAGAUUUUAUUCUACUUUAUUGGUAGUUAUGUUCAAUGUUUAUUCUGGGUUAGCAGAGGGUGACAUUGGUCACAACAGAUACAGAGCUCACUUUCAGAGUCAAAUUAAAAUGUGGAUGAAUUUAUGACCCAAAUCCAGUUCAUAAGUGUUUCCUUGUCCUCUUGAGAUUGAUUGCUUUUAAUUUGUAACUAACUAGUACAGUAGUUUUAUAUACUCUCCCAUGGGUCAGCAGAACCUUUUCAAACUCCAGUAAAGCAAGUAGGGGAAAAAUGUUCAUACAAAGUAAAACACCUGCUUUUUGUGAGUUUCUCCUUAAAUCCAAGACUAAUAAUAAAAUCAUUGUAUUAUGUCUUGACUCACUAUGGGUUUAAUGUUGUUAGUGAUAUGCAUAUUGAAAGGUGACUUGUUAAUAUCUGAAUUAAAUGAAUCCAUUUGAUGGUGUUUAUUCUA